AAAAGGUCAGCCCCGAAUGGCGCGGGAUGAAGGAGAACUAUAGAAGUCGACGGGAUAGCAGGAGGGACUUCCUUUUCCCCUGCCUUCCCCCAACUCCCCUAACUCUGGGAUCCUUUUCCCCUGGGCAUCUUCCAGCGACCGGUCCGAUGCUGUCUGCACCGGCUCUGCCCUCUCCCGACUGCCGCUGGUAAAGGGGGUGAAGCCCAGGGGUUGAGUAACUGCCAGGCCUGUUGAUCAGAGGCAGGGUGGGCCAGGGGGCGUGCCGGGAGAGGGGCUUCGGAUGGGUUGGGCCGGGCUGGGCUAGGCUCAGCUGGGCUCUGGGCGGGGCCGGGCUGGGGAUGCGCUGUGCUGCGCUGGGCACUGCGCCGCCGCCGGGCUGAGGAUGCUGGCGCUGCCGCGGGGCGCUCGCCGCCGUCUGGGGAACAGAGCAACCAGAGCCGGAGUCCGAGCGCAGUGAACGUCGUCGUGCCUCGGGACUCCUAGGACCCCGGGACCCCUGCCCCACGAUGUCCAGGAAAAAGACCCCUAAGAGUAAGGCGGGGAGUGCGCCCGCCUCUUCUCUCCCCACAGCCAAGGAGAACGGGCCGGUGGGCUCCGGAGGGGGCGGCUCUAACCCGGGCCCUGGCCCUGCCCCCGAGACACCGAGGAACGGGCUUCUGCUGUCAGGCCGCCCGUCCCUCAGCAGCAGCGGCGACUUCUACGACGUUGCUUUCAAGGUGAUGCUGGUAGGAGACUCAGGAGUGGGGAAGACCUGUCUGCUGGUUCGAUUCAAGGAUGGUGCCUUCCUGGCUGGGACCUUCAUUUCCACCGUGGGCAUAGAUUUCAGGAAUAAAGUCUUGAAUGUGGAUGGAGUGAAAGUCAAGCUCCAGAUCUGGGACACUGCUGGGCAGGAGCGGUUCAGAAGUGUGACCCAUGCCUACUACCGGGAUGCUCACGCUCUCCUUCUGCUUUAUGAUGUUACUAACAGAGCCUCUUUUGACAACAUCCAAGCCUGGCUGACUGAAAUCCACGAAUAUGCACAAAAAGAUGUGGUGCUCAUGCUGUUGGGUAACAAGGUGGACUCUACCCAGGAACGCGUGGUAAAAAGGGAAGAUGGGGAAAAGCUGGCCAAGGAGUAUGGGGUGCCCUUCAUGGAGACCAGCGCCAAGACAGGCCUGAAUGUGGAUUUAGCCUUUAAGGCCAUUGCAAAGGAGCUGAAACACAGGUCCAUGAAGCUGCCAAGUGAACCCAAGUUCAAGUUGCAUGACUAUGUGAAGAGGGAAGUCCGAGGCUCAGGCUGCUGCCGCCCCUGACCUAGAGCUCCUCAAGCCUGCUAGCCCUUCCUAGGAAUAGGUGACUGCUCCAAUGCUCAUGAGGCACCUUUCUUGUGGACAGUGUGUGCAUGUGUUGUGUGUCACUCUUUGUAAAGGUGAAAAAAAGGAAGUUGCAGAGAAAAAGACAACUGGGUAGGAGAAAAUUCUCCUAGGGAGAAGAAAACGGUGAUGGGACUUUACUUUGAACCAGCAAGGAUCCAGACCUGCCUGGAAACAUAGUGCUGGGAUAACCAACUCCAGAUGCGUUCCUGGAAUUAAGGUUCAGCAACUUCUCUUUUUAGCUGGUCAGGAUACUCAUUCCCUGGCUUUGUAAGGUAAUGAUAACAAAGGCACUGAACCUCAUUAGUCUUGGGAUGUUCGACAUGGCAUGUUCCCUUCACAAAGCAUCUCACUUGACUAAACGAGUUUUGCCAAAGUUGUUUACAGACAGGAAGAGUCAGUUAAAAAGGACUAGUCUGGCUGCUCACUGUAGGUGACCUGUCUGUCCAGGAAGAAAAUGGAAACUAUUGUAAUUUCAACCAAUCUGUUGGUUUUCCCACAUACUAACUCAUGGGCUUUAGGUGAACUUCAGUUUCACCCACCACAUGCAGAAAACCAACUUAUUUAACAAAUCAUUUUCAUAGUGAAAAGGGCUAUGGCUCCAACUCAUUUUUUGCUGCUUCUCUUCCUCAAUAUCCUUAAUUAUAUGAUUUAUAUCUUGUUGGCUUAAAUUCCCCAAGGUUUCUUUGGAGAUCCUUUUACAUAAAGCCAUCUUUGCUCAAAGCUAUAGAGAAAGGUUAUACUAUUCCAAAAUUUCAGUUGGAAUGAGCGAUCACAAGAGUCUUAUUCUCAAGGUUAUCAGAAAACAAAAAGCUACACAUGAGUUUCACUAAUCUGAACUUUCCAUAACGGCAGUUACAUUUCAGCAUUACCAGGGUACCCAGGAUUAAAAAUCAAGUGGAACCUCCAAGAGGACUGGUUACUCAUAAAGUAAGAUUUUAGUAUUUUGAUGGGGGGAAAAAAUUAAAGAGACCACAGAAAUCAUUCUAAGAACUGGUUUUUUUUUUUUUUUUUAAACUUGCUCAGGGGGAAAAGAAUAGUUCUUCCUCAUCAAAAUAAACCAGGCUUAAUUUUGUCCCAAGAACUGGGAACAUUAUUAUUUGUUGUUAUUUCCCUCCCUCCCUCCCUCCCUCCCUUAUUAGAGAUGUCAGUUUGGAACCCUACUCUGCUGAUCAAAUGGGACCCCAGCUUUGUAUUUAGAGGAAUUGUUGGUCACUUGACUCGAUGCAAGCAGAGACUUGCAUUUUUUGGACUACUUGACAGCUCAUUGAGGAUAGGGACCAUUUUUUGACUUUUUGUAUCCCCAGAGGUUAAUAACACAGUCCCUGGCACAUUCCAACAAUCAACUUGGGCUGCCCUGGAUGCUACAGGCAGGCCAAGAAAGCUGGAAGAGGGUGCUUUCUAAGAGCACAAGGUUUGCAUUUACGUUCAAUCCUUGGAAAGGUGAUAAAUUUAAAAACAUUCUAAAACCUGAUAGUUUGUGAAGAUAACCUAUGUGGUAGUACUUUAACGUGUUUUCCUAUUACAAACCAGGAAAUAGCAUCUUGUGGUCUCUCAUAUAGGAUAAGGUCAUGGAUAUCAACCAUAAAAUACCUUACAAAUGUACAGCUUUUUACAAUUUUCAAGUCUGUUCCUGUUAUCUCAGUCAAGCCUUUCAAAAACCUAAAGUAGGCAGUGGUCUCCAUUUUGUGGGUUUCUAUCACCCAAAAUGGUUACACAGCCAGUCCUUAAACCAAGCCUCUCCACUCCUAGCAUGAAACCCGUUUCAAAUGGAUUCAGUCAAAAAGCUAUUUUUCCCCCCUUAUUAAAUAUCCCUCCUUUCAAAAUGUAUUCCAAUUGAGAUAAGCUGAAAAAACCCCAUUCCCAUGGACUUAAAUCAUGUAUCAUUUUAAACUACUAGCUUGGAAAUGAGUGAUACCAGGAGUACGCUAUCAAAGAGUCUGGGAGGGCCCUCAUACACCAGCAAACUCCAGGAGUGGAGAUUGAAUAGAAUAUUUUUCAGGUUAAUUUUGAAACAAUUCUGUUAAUUUAUCAAGUUUUAUUUGGCAUACUGGCUGAAAAUUUGGGCUCUGAUCAACGUUUCAG